UUCCACGUCUUCGAUCAUGAUAUUGAUAUUCAUAUCUGCAUAUUCUUAAUUUAAUUAAGAGCCUUAAAAGAUAAUGUGAUUACACUUCCAAGAUGAAUCUACCAGAGAAGGAAGAACAAUUUCUAUCUGUGCUUCAACACUUGGAGUUUUCACAGAAAUCUGAUCCAUCACAACUUGCUGACAAAUACAGAAAUUUCUAUUUACACCUAAGUGACAAGCAAGAAGAAUUGUUUCUAUGUCCUGAGACAAGACAAAGGCUUAGUCAGUAUUGCCAUAUAGUAGAUACUAUUGAUUCCAGGGGUGUAAAUAAUUAUGCAGAAGGUGCUAUGUCUCUUUGUUCUUACUAUAAAAAUGAAAGCAAAUCAUGGAAAUCUUCAUUGUCAGAAAUAGAUACUUCCUGGAUAUCAAAUUUAAAAAUGUAUAAACCUACUGAAGUUCAAAGUGAGGAAUUUAUCUCUUUACCUGUCUUAACACCUACAAGAAAAGAACAGAAAAUGGAUGUAACAGAUUCAAUGUCAAAACAAAAUAUUAUCAAGCAAAACAUCAUUAUGGGUGGUCAGGAGUCUGCAUUCAAGACAAUGGUGUCAAUGGUUGGGCAAGAAUCAAGGCUUACUAUGAUGCCUAGUGUUUCAGAAAGGAAAGACAUUUUUAAAGAGUCACCCACCAAUAGCUAUGCUAUGAAUAAAUGUAUUGACUGGAAUGAGAGAAAAGAGGAUCAAAAUGUUGAUGAGAACAAAGCCAAUAAAUUUGGACCUUUUAAAACAGCCAAACAACAAAUGAUAAUUAAUCAACAAAAAUAUGUGAAUGACAAGUCACAAGUAUCUGAAGCUAGUUAUGGUGCACUGAAAAAAUCUUUAGGUACCAGAAGAGGUCCUGCCGCAAAAUUUAUUCCCCCAGUUUUAGUUCAGGACUCUGAUGAACAAAAAGCAACACCAAAGUUACCAUAUGGUGCCAGCAGUAAAGCAGAAACAGAAUGUCAAGAUGAGCGGUUAAAAGGAAUUGAUCCUAAAAUGGUGGAACUGAUAAAUAAUGAGAUCAUGGAUCAUGGUCCUCAAGUGACUUGGUCAGACAUUGCAGGAUUGACCUUUGCUAAAAAGACUAUUAAAGAAAUAGUAGUUUGGCCCAUGCUUCGCCCUGAUCUAUUUGUUGGACUACGUGGGCCACCAAGGGGACUGUUACUUUUUGGACCACCAGGCACUGGCAAAACACUCAUUGGUAAAUGUGUAGCAAGCCAAUCCAAGUCAACUUUCUUCAGCAUCUCUGCCUCCAGUCUCACAUCUAAAUGGGUUGGUGAAGGAGAAAAAAUGGUCCGUGCUUUGUUUGCUGUUGCACGUUGUUACCAGCCAGCAGUUAUUUUUAUUGAUGAGAUUGAUUCAUUGCUUGCUCAAAGGUCAGAUACAGAGCAUGAAUCUUCCAGAAGGAUAAAAACUGAGUUUUUAGUUCAAUUGGAUGGAGCCACAACUCAGUCAGAUGAUAGACUUCUUGUCAUUGGGGCUACCAACAGACCCCAGGAGAUAGAUGAAGCUGCUAGAAGGAGGUUUGUUAAGCGACUGCUCAUCCCUCUCCCAGAGCCAGUUGCUAGGCAGGAAAUAGUUCACAACCUGAUGGCACAACAAAACAAUAACUUAACUGAGGCUGAGAUUCAAGUUAUUGUCAACCAGACUGAUGGCUACUCAGGUGCUGAUAUGACCAACUUGUGUAGAGAGGCAGCUCUAGGUCCUAUAAGAAGUUUGACAUUUGAGGAAAUGGAGACUAUCACAGCUGAACAGGUGCGACCAAUAAUGUUCAAAGAUUUUGAAGAUGCUUUUUCUCAAGUACGAGCCAGUGUUUCUAGCAAGGAUCUAGAACUCUAUACUGAGUGGAACAGAUUAUAUGGCAGUUUCAGUCAUUGUUGUUAACUUAUAAUCAUUUUACUACUAUUUAUUGUUCAUUAUAUUAUAGAAAGUUGCGGACUGAUUCUUCACUGCUUAAGUUAAAUAUGAGCAUUAGUAUUUAUUUCAUUUUAAUGCCAAUCCUACACAGUUGAUUGGUGAUUAUGUCACAAAUGAUGGCUUCCUGGUCUUGUGGUAGGUGCUCUGGGCUGUCAUAUUAAUAGUCCUGGGUUCAAACCCUGCCUGCUGCCAUCUUCUGCAAACCUGCCAGAGGUUAGAACUAGGAUAUAAUAAUCUUUAGUUCUGAAGUAACCUCCGAAACAUGUAGAACAAAUGAAAAAUUUCUCUGCAGUGUUAGAAUAGCACUAAAAAUGUCUGUAAAUAUUAGUGUUUUGUGUAAAGAUGUUAGUUAAUAUGGCAAUUGUUACCUCUACAUUUUCUGUUUAUCAUGUUUAUAAUUAAAUGUUAUGUUGCUCAUUUUAA